AGCGAACGCAGGCCGGCCGGCCCCGUCAGCGAAGCGAUGCCUCUGCGUCCGCGCUGGCUCUGCUCUGCCUUGCCCUGCCCCGUGGCGAUCUCGCUGCGUGUAGUUGGUAUGUAGUGGUGGUGGUGGUGGUAUGUACCAAAGUGUCGGUGUAGAAGCAAGUGUGAACAGCGAACGCAAGAAGCAGACGGUGGUAUGUAUGUGCAUGCAGCAGCCAAAGAAGCAACGCAAAGCAACGCAAACAACGCAACGCAUUAGGUGUGUAUGUGCAGCAAAAUGCGAAACCCCAAAGCCAAAUGCAAGUGUGUGUAUGCGCGAAUGUGCGAAUGCGAACGUGACAACAGACAACAACAACAACAACAACAACAAACAAGACGAAUGCGAGUGUGUGUAUGUGCGUGUGAUUCAAACAAGCAGCAGCAAUAGCUGCAAAAUAGCAAAGCAAAACCAAAACAAAAUGCCAUCAACACCUUCGCCCCAGUACCCCCGGUAUGAUUUCCCCCCGGUUCCCCCCGUGCCAUCCCGUCCCAGCCAGAACCCCUGAUGAAGAGAGACGCUAGCAAGCCCCCGCCGCCCAGAUCAAAAGGCAAGGAGAGAGUUAAAGCAACUACAAAGGCUCGCUAUAACGCAAGAUAAUAUGCACUAUCAAUCAAACGCAGUUGUGAAGACGGCUGUGGAGAGAGAGAGAGAGAGAGAGAGAGAGAGAGAAAGAAGAAGGUAGCAGAAAAGAGGUAUUGUUGCUCUUGCUGAUGGUUGAUGAUAGUAAAAAAAGGAAAUUUCUGUGACUU